GCUCUUAUAAAUACACGGCCCGGCUGGGGUCUGAGGAAUCAGGCAGCACUGAGACCAGGAGUCCACAGGCCAGCUCUACUGCCCCCCAGAGGAUGAAGGUCUCCGUGGCUGCCCUCUCCUUCCUCGCCCUCAUCCUUGCAGCUGCCCUGGGCUCGCAGGCCCUGGUCACACAUGAUACAGAGACAAAACAGCUCGCCUUGGUGGUGGAUAGAUUUGAUAAAGAAAUCGUCCAAGGCUUCCACCGCCCUACAGACUGCUGCUUCUCCUACACAAAACGAAACAUCCAGUGCUUCCUCAUGCAAGAUUAUAUUGAGACCAGCAGUCAGUGCUCCAUGCCAGCUGUCAUCUUCCUCACCAAGAGGGGACAAAAAGUGUGUGCUGACUCCAGUGAUGAGAGAGUCCGGAAGUGUGUGUCAAGCCUGCAAAGGGACCUGCCGACCAGGAAUCUAGGAAUAGUGGCACUGGCUUGAGGAAAAGGGACAUCGCCGCUACCUCCCCCACCUCCCGUGACUCCUGGCUGAACUGUUAAAACACAAUGUUGGGGUCAGCGCUGUGGUGCAGUGGGUAAAGCCACUGCCUGCAGUGCCGGCAUCCCAUGGGGGUGCUGGUUCGAGUCCCGACUGUUCCACUUCCAAUCCAGUGCUCUGCUAUGGCCUGGGAAAGCAGGGGAAGAUGGCCCAAGUCUUCACCCAUGCAGGAGACCCAGGAGAAGCUCCUGGCUUCUGGCUUCAGAAUGGUGCAGCUCCAGCCAUUGUGGCCAAAUAGGGAGUGAAUCAGCGCAUGGAAGACCUCUCUCUCUGUCUCUCUCUCUCUCUCUGCCUCUCCUUCUCUCUAUGUGUAACUCUGACUUUCAAAUUAAUAAAUUAAUAAGUCUUUAAAAACAAAACAAAACAAUGUUUAUUCUUCUCUUCUGGCCUUAAAGCAACACAUCUAAUUUGAGCAUAAUCGACUUGAAUUUUA